UAUUUAUAUGUCUAUGGGCCAGCCGCCCUUUCUUUUUUUGAAAGAGAGGUUCCAUUCGUUUACAUGCAGGGGGCGGGGUUUAUGAGCGGAACUUCUCAGGACUCGGUUUUAUGCCCCGGCACACAAGUCUGAUUUUUGGCGCUUGGAACUCCUUAACCCGAGAGCUUUUUGGAAAGAGAGAAGGUUUAACAUCAAAGUCUGUCCGUAAUGCCAGAGUUGAUUGAAGACAAUGAGGAGAAUGAAGAGGAGCAGAAGCAACAUGUCAAAACUGGAGAAAACUCUUUGAGUUGCCCUCCAACCAAACAGAAAGAUUUAAAGAAGAGAAGAGACGAGAAAUCUUUCACCUGCAGUCAGUGUGGAAAGAGUUUGAGAAGCAAACUUGGUCUUGAGAUUCACAUGAGGAUCCACACUGGAGAGAAACCAUACAGAUGUGAUCAAUGUGAGAAUAGUUUCACACAAUCAUCAAGCCUUAAGAUACACAUGAACAUCCACACUGGACAGAAACUUUAUGAAUGUGAUCAAUGUGGAAAAACAUUUUUGACGGCUACAAACCUGAAGAGUCACCUGAAAGUUCAUUCAAAGGAGAAACCACAUUCAUGUUCAUGUGGAAAGAGGUUUUCACGUUUGCAAAAUUUAAAAGUUCAUCAGAAGAUACACACUGGUGUGAAAGAAUAUAUGUGCUUUGAGUGUGAGAAGACUUUUAUUACAGCUGGAAGUUUGAAACAGCACCAGUGGAUCCACACUGGAGAGAAACCUUACAAGUGUUCACACUGUGACAAGAGAUUCAUUCGGUUAGGAGACCUGAAAUCACAUGAGAGGAUCCACAAUGGAGAGAAACCUUACAAGUGUUCACACUGCGACAAGAGAUUCAGUCGGUUAGGAUCUCUGCUUACACAUGAGAGGAUCCACACUGGAGAGAAACCUUACAAGUGUUCACACUGUGACAAGAGAUUCAGUCGGUUAGGAUAUCUGGAAACACAUGAGAGGAUCCACACUGGAGAGAAACCUUACAAGUGUUCACACUGUGACAAGAGAUUCAGUCAGGUAGCAACUCUGAAAACACAUGAGAGGAUCCACACUGGAGAGAAACCGUAUCACUGCACUGUAUGUGGGAAGAGUUUCCGUUAUUCAUCUUCUCUACUUAAGCAUAACAAAGAACAUUCACCGUCAGUAGUAGGGGAUACACAGACUAAUCGACUACUCGACAUCAGUGCUCUGCCAUGACGCUUUAAGCUUGAUGUUGAUUAGUCGCUGGUCCUAUAGAUGGCACAACAGGAUAAUAAACCUUUGAAGGACUUCCACAUUUAUGCUCCUUUUCCAAACAGUUAAAAUGUCAAAUAAAUGUAUGCUCUGAAAGCUCCACAAGACAUGUAUGAUUAUAAUACUGGAUGCUUGAAAUUGAACGGGAGAAUGCACAUUUUAAACAGCUUAUUGUACAGGUAAAUUAAUCACUGUUCUAAUCUAAUGCGCUGCUGCACUGUAACACACACACACACACACACACACACAUACACACAUAGACUACAGACAGUAGCUCGUACAUCACACAUGCACAGAAUCAUUCAGUGAGGAAAUGUACUGUCAUCUCUGUUCUGUUGUUUCUCAAUAAAAUAGCUUAGAAACUGAAAAUUGAAAUCAUAUAUUUCUUAAUAACUAAAGCCCACAGCGUCACUACUACUAGAGAGACACUGCCAUGUAUACAGUGACAAUAUAAGCCAUUUUCCCAGGACGUGUCCUUGCCAGGAUUGUUAUAUUGUCUAAAAUAUCCAGAUUUUGGCUGUUUGUGCUGUGCAGAUCGA